UUCCAAACCUCUACAAAUCUGUAAUAAAAAAACUCUUAUUAAGCAGUUAUUUCGCUUAAAUUCACAAGAGGGCAGCAUUGAUCCGAUUUUGAUUUUGCGAACAGGUAUUGAAAGUGUAAUUCCUGUCGACACAGGUGAACGUUUAAGUCAAUUUGAAUAAUAUUAAGCAACACUGCACAUCAUUCACAGGAUGUCAGGUCUUGUGCAGCGUCCACUCCUCUACCUCAGAGACCACAACAGUGCUGAGUCCACUUCCAACCACUUAAUCCCUCUAAAACAAAGCUGUUGCGUUGCCAAACCAGAGAUGUUUCCGCGUUCUUUAUUGGGGAAGUUGAUCUUUUGGCCAUCGCGGAAGGAAAGACGCACUAGUCUGCAGCGCUCUACAAAAAACAGAUUGUAUUUUCUUUAUAAAAAAAAAAAGGUGUCAUGAUUCAGUUGUUAUUGCGCCAUAUUCAUGUUUGCGCACUUGUAGGUUGCGGCGAUUACUGCGCGCUCGUUCCUCGCUGCUCUUAAAAUGAGUGAUCGGAGUAGAAACGCUUUAAAAACAAUACUUCAGCUGGUCUGUCAACUUCUGUGGGUGCUGGGGUUGGUGGUAGGCCUCAGUGGAGUCUACCUGCUGAUGAACUACAGACAGAGAAGCUUAUUUUUUUCUCACGCCUACAUUACCCUGCCCGCUGUCUUCGCUCUCGCCAGUGCUGUGUUCCUGGUGGUCAGCGGUUGCCUCGGCUCCUGGCUGAGCCUCAGGGAUUCCACCUUUCUGCAGGGAUUGUUUGUUUAUCUGCUAGUUUUGGUCAUUUGUCUGGAGAGUACGGCUUCAGCGUUGGCCUAUUUUCACUCUACAGAGCUGCAUUCAGAGAUAGCUCCUCUCAGUAGAGUGUUUCAGGGAUACAAAGGCAGCAGCCAGGACCCCAACUCUCGAGCUGUUGAUGCUACACAAGAAGAGUUGCACUGUUGUGGUGUCCAUGACUACAAGGAUUGGCUGGAAACCUCCUGGUUUAACCGUACUGGAGGACUCUCGGUUCCGUCCAGCUGCUGCAACUCUACUUUCCGCUCCUGCAAUGGCACUGUGGACCAACCAUGGCAGCUUUACACACAGGGCUGCCAGGUGAAGCUGGAGAUGGCGUUGCAGUUUGUGCUGAGCUUUAUCUUCUGGAGCGCCCCAGUGGUUUUUGGGGUGGAGGUUGUUCUGUUUCUGGUGGUGGCACAGCUGAUGAGGGACCAACUAUUAAUGCGAAAUCAAUAUCAAGUACUGGAUAAACACUAAAGACGCUGUGGGAAAUGAGAGAGCUUCAAACAGAUACGAUAAUACUGCAUAGCAUGUCAAAUCACAGGGCGUAAAUGUGCAUCACAUUUUAAUUGGGAUUGUUAUUAGAAUGGUUGUUCCUGUUGUUAAUACAGCUUUAUUCUAUCCCAUUACACAACAUGUAACAUAAAAGUGGUAAAAGAUAUUAAUUAUUGGUAUUUAAGAUGCCAAAAAGAUAACAAUAAUUUCUGGGAAACUGGUUAUUGCUUUAAAUAUACUGUUGCAUGUCAGGUCAGUUCUUCAUGAUGUUUCACAUCUUCUGUUUGGUGAAUAUGAGUUGCCAUCAGGUUUAAGGUAUAGGCCUUACCUACAGAUCACCUUUUACUGUCUCUGUGAUAUUUUUAAAUUUUAUUUGUCUGAAAUUGCCACAAGCAGCGAGUUAAUUUCUGAAUUUCUAAAACUAAAGCUAGUUUGUUUGCACUGUGCUGAUAUUACACUUGUAUUGCAUAUGUCAUAAUCUUAUAUUUAUAUUUCCCUGUCUCAUUCUGUAUAUACACUCAUACAUUGUACCUAAAAUUAGAGUGUCUCUGCAAACAUUACAAUAUACCAAGUAUGUGUACUACAUACCACACUGUACCUGAACCUGCACCUCAAUACACUGAUUAAUCAGCA